GGCCAAACGUCGCGCGGGUCUCUGCAAAGCGCCUUUUGGUUGAACGCCAUCUAUUUUUAAAAUCGACAGACUGCUCAAAUGGAUAACGUUUUACUAUUAUCAUGAACAUUUGAACGAAAGGGGAAUUUAUAUGGUCUUUAGGUCUACUUACGGAGCUUUAGCAAAGUCGUUUUCACAUGCUUUGAGCAAAUUCAUUGUUGAAAGGGCGUAAUGAGGGACCGCCUUGGCGAUUUGACAGCGGUGAGUAUCACCAUCAGAGAAUGGAAAUAGCUAGCUAACAUUUCUAUCUAGAUACUAGGCCGUCUUUUUCCUUCUCAUUCUCACUUUAAGUUUCAGUUAAAUUGUUCAUGAAAAUGUGUGUAGUUUCUUUCGAGUCAACUAAGUUACGGCUCUUGUCUGUUACAGUAGAUGUAGGCUUUAUUGAACUUCAGCAUAAAAUUAGGGAACAAUUGUUAUUGUCGGUUUCAUCGAUGUCAACAGGUAUACGGGACCCUAUCUACGCCCUACGGUAUAUAUGUUAGCCUUUUAAUCAGUGUGCCAGCCAGGUAGGUUAGUGUAAUGUAGGCCUACACCUGGCUACUAUUGUCAAUGUUACAUUUCAUUUAUUAUAACUGUUCUAUUGUGUUUACUGUACCUAUAAAUUGGUUGGGUAAGGUUAUUGAUGCCUUACCCUAUGACUCCAAAGGUUGCCUUUUAUUUUUUUAACAAAACCCCAUACUAUUUUUGUUACCCAAGUCUAUUCUAAUGUGGGUAUAUUUUAAGAAAUAUGUUAUUCUCCCUCUGGCAUUACACUUCACAAUGGCAGGACUGUGCAGUCCAUUUUUCACAAUGGGGUGCUGAAAUAACAUGUAGUUGUCAUGGCAGGCCUAGUAUUUACUUUGGUUACAGAGGUUACUGAUCAGACGAUUGUUUUCACAGAACAGCAACAAUAACCCUUUUAAUGUGGAUGAUGAUGGCACCAUCACAGUGGAGAACAACUCCCACAGGGACGACUUCUUGAAACAGGUAGUCUACUUGGAGCUUUAAGUUUGCAUAGUCAUGCGUCUUCUCUAGCUCUGUUUGCCAAGGACUAUAGCCAAUGUGUUAAAAAUGUACUGUGUUACUUGCUGACUGUUGAUUCCUUUCAAAUGUCACUGUAACCCUCAGUGAGGGUAAUACAAUGUUUUGAUUACAGAAGCCUCUUUGUUGUGUGUAAACUAAAGUGACAUGUUGUGUUUGGAAGGUGGGGGAGGUGCGGCGCCUCAUCGAUAAGAUCACUUCCCAGGUAGAUGAAGUGGUGAAGAAACACAGCGCUAUCCUCUCUGCCCCCAACCCUGAGGAAAGUGAGUAUGGCCUCCUCACAGCUGCACACAUUCACCUAAAUUGUCUUUAAAAUGUGAAAAGUACUGGAAAACCACAUUAAAUAGAUCAGGUGAAAUUAACAGAUGCAAAUGGUUCCUCUCCAGGAUGUUGUCCAGUCUGGGAAAGUCACAUUAAAUACAAAUGAGCCAGGCAUGAAACACUGCCUAGAACUCCAGACCAACCAACCAGCCCGUUUCCUCUAAUAGUAAUCUGUUAUUACUGGAUUAAGGAAGUGCCAGACAACCUUUGGCAGCUGAUUACAUCAUCUUUUUUUUAUUGCUUAAAUGCUUCAUAUGUUUUCUGAUGGAAAUGGAUGUUGAUUUCACAUUGAGAAAUCUGCAGUCAUAUCUAGUCAUGAACAUUCUAUUCUACGAUGCCUCCAACAGAAUAGCCUACAUUGGACUGAAUGAUAUGAAUAUCAAUAUUAUACAGCACUGUGGCUGAAGGCCAGGUCAAUAUGCCACCAACAUAUUAUAGAUGGUCCCAGAACAGUUGUAAAAGGCAGCAUGUAGUGACCUCAAUUGGCACCUCAGACCAGUCACUCACUGCCUUCGAUCUGCUGACUGUUUCUCCCUUCAGGGACCAAAGAUGAUCUGGAUCAGCUCACCAAUGAAAUCAAGAGGAACGCCAACACAGUGCGGGCCAAGUUAAAAAGUGAGUUCAGAAUAAAUCAGUGAGACUGUUUAGGUAGGGUAUGAAUUAAAUAAUAUGUAAGCGGGAGAACUACAGAGAACUACAGACUGGCUUGGGAACACUUCCCUCAAUUCAGAGGGAGUUUUGUUUUAUAAGAUAGAUUUGACUUGCAAAUUAGCUGUAUGUACGGGAAAGCUACUACUACACACCUGGUCAUAGGUGAACACAUGGCUGGAAUAGUUUGACCCCCACUGCUAACCAUAUAGAUAAGAUGUGUAUAUAUAUAUAUAUAUAUGUAGCUGUGUGUGUCUAACUGCCUAUGCGUGUAUGUGAAUAUGUUAGGUUGGUGCAUACAUUUGUAAGUUGGACUAAUUGUUUGCUUUCCUCUGCAAGUGUAUGUUUGGGGGUGAGUUUAAGUAAUGUGUUUAUCCAUACAGUAUGUGUGUGUAUGCAUUUCGUAUACACUGAGUGUACAAAAUAUUAAGGACACCUGCACUUUCCAUGACAAGACUGACCAUGUGAAAGCUAUGAUCCCCUAUUGAUGUCACCUGUUAAAUCCACUUCAAUCAGUGUAGAUGAAGGGGAGGAGACUGUUUAAAGAAGGAUUUUUAAGCCUUGAGACAAUUGAGACAUUUUGUGCCAUUCAGAGGGUGAAUGCUCAAGACAAGAUAUUUAAGAGCAUUUGAAUGGGGUAUGGUAGUAGGUGCCAGGCACACCAGUUUGAGGGUGUCAAGAACUGCAACGCUGCUGGGAUUUCAAGCUCAACAGUUUCCUGUGUGUAUCAAGAAUGGUCCACCACCCAAAGGACAUCCAGCCAACUUGACACAACUGUGGGAAGCAUUGGAGUCAACAUGUGCCAGCAUCCCUGUGGAAUGCUUUCGACACCUUGUACAGUCCGUGCCCUGACGAAUUGUGGCUGUUCUGAGUGCAAAAGGGUGUGCAACUCAAUAUUAGGAAGGUGGUCCUAAUGUUUUGUACACUCAGUGUAUAUUACAUCAUGCUGACUAGGCCUUGCUGUGUGUUGGCAGCCAUGCAGGACAGCCUGCCUGAGGAUGAGAAUGCGAACACAGCCUCUGUGGACCAGCGCAUCCAGACGAACCAGGUCAGAACAGGACCCAAUGUUAACUACAAUACAUGUGUUUGCCAGACAUAGACCCCAAUGGAGUCCUCUGUGUGUGUGCCGUUUGUUUUUUCUCCCCACCUUCAGCACACAAAUCUGAUGCGCUGGUUUGUGGAAGUCAUGACUAUGUACAACGAGACCCAGAUGUCCUUCAGGGAGCGGUGCAAAGGACGGAUUCAGAGACAGCUGGAGAUCAGUGAGUGCUGGCGUUACAGACACAGAGAGAGAGAAAAACAUUAUUACCUUCUUAGCUCAGUCCUAGACAGCCACCUGUUUUCUGUGUGCUGUACAUCUUUAUCAGCAAACAGGAGUGUUCUGAGAGGAGGAGGAAUACCCUGGCCACGCCCCAGGAUUACAGAAAGGGGAGCUUGCAACAGGAGACACCUGUGUUUACAGUUGCCUUGGCAAUGGUUUGCAGGGUUGUCUGGGGGAGGGGUUGCAAUAUAUGUAGUCAGGUGACCAGAGGAACAGGAGUUUUGCUCUCUAGUAACUGGUCUGCUGUUAGUGAUCCCUUGUAGUUCAUUUGUGAAAUACAUUUUCCAAUUUCUCUCUUGAAGCUGGGAAAGUGACCACUGAUGAGGAGCUGGAGGAGAUUCUGCACAGUGAAAACCCUGCCAUCUUCACCUCUGAUGUGAGUGGGACAUUCUCAGAACAUUCAUGUAUCACUUUACACUAGUAAAUCAAGAGGCAUAAGUAUAAAAGUGAAUUGUUGCACUCAUUUCCUUCUACACAGUUACAGCUUUGACUUAUUUUGCCACAUCAUAAAUGUCUCUUCCUGUACCUCUUCCUCCCUGUACAGAUCAUCUCCGACUCCCAGAUCACACGCCAGGCUCUGAAUGAGAUCGAGUCUCGCCAUAAGGACAUCAUCCGCCUGGAGUCCAGCAUCAGGGAGCUCCAUGAGAUGUUUGUUGACAUGGCCAUGCUGGUGGAGACUCAGGUGAGUUGGAUGUCACAUAGGAAAAAAUUACUUGGAACAAAACUGCCUUGUGUAUAAAUCCUCUAGCCUCCACCAUAUAUAAUCACAUUUGUCAAUGUAAUAAGCAUAUACAAAUUGAAAUAUGGUUUCAAAGAUCCCCUGUAUAACCUCUGUAUUGUGGUCUGUGUGUUGUCCUGUGUGUCCACUAGGGGGAGAUGAUAAACAACAUAGAGAAGAACGUGAGCAGUGCAGCCGAGUACAUCGGCGUGGCCAAAGUGGAGACUAAGAAGGCACUGCGGUACCAGAAAGCGGCACGCAGGGUAAGACUUUUCCCACGUUUCCCCAGCCUUUUCAAGAGCAACACCACGCCGUCCCCAACGACCCAAAACCCACCGCUGUCAAAUGAGCCACUAUCGCCAUAGCUUGUCCUGCUGCCACUGAACAUGCCAUUAAAGUUAGCACUGUGAAUGAAGCUAAUGUCCCGUUCAAGGUCAGCCAAUCAAUUGUAACGCUGUGAAGCUAGUGUCGCAAGCCUGAACUUUCUAUUAGAUUUAUCACCGAGCAGCUAAUCUCUCUCAGGAGCCUAACGUCAGAUUUGAUGAAGGGAAGAUGGUAUCACUCCAUAGAGCUUCCCAACAGGUUAAGCACUGAACUACUACGCUAUGUAAACUGCCUGUAAAAGUGUACCACUGAACUGUUAGCCAUGGCACUUGCCUCUGUUUCUGUGGUCUGUGUGAUUUUUGUGCUGUAAAGACCGUUGGAAAUAAAUGUGACUUGCAAUUAAAAC